AGCCUUAUGGACCUCUCCUGGGGAUCUUUCCAUGGUCACGUGAACUUGUUGAUCGUCAACACGUUUUGGAAGCUUGGUGUACUGCGUUGCUUGCAUUGUUGAAAAAAUGGCUUCAGUCUCCAGCAAGAUUCUUGGUUGCGUAAGAAAAGUACCUUCAUUGAGCUUAUCAAGAUUUGCCAGUCAGGCUGCUGCUUCCAGAGUCAUUUCUGCUCCUAAAGUUCAUUUUAACCAAGUCUUCAUAAACAAUGAAUUCCAGGAUGCUGUCAGUGGGAAAGUAUUCCCAACAGUUGAUCCAUCCACAGGGGAUGUAAUAUGUCAUGUUGCAGAAGGUGAUAAGGCUGAUGUUGAUAUUGCAGUGAAGGCAGCUCAAGAGGCCUUUAAACUUGGAAGUCCUUGGAGGACCAUGGAUGCCUCUGGGCGUGGAAGGCUGCUCAAUCGCUUGGCAGACCUAAUGGAGAGAGACAAAGAGUACCUUGCUGCCUUGGAGUCUUUGGACAAUGGGAAGCCAUUCUCAGAUGCCUAUAACGCCGACUUGUCUUUGUCAGUCAACUGCUUGCGCUACUAUGCUGGAUGGGCUGACAAAAUCCACGGGAAAACCAUCCCAGUUGAUGGAAACUUUUUCAAUUACACACGUCGAGAACCGAUUGGUGUUGUUGGACAAAUCAUCCCUUGGAACUUCCCUCUUUUGAUGCAAGCCUGGAAACUUGGUCCGGCUCUUGCUACCGGGAAUGUUGUUGUUAUGAAAUUGGCCGAACAAACUCCCCUCACUGGUCUUUAUGUUGCAAACCUUAUCAGAGAGGCCGGAUUUCCACCUGGUGUUGUAAACAUCAUCCCGGGGUAUGGUCCUACAGCUGGAAACGCCAUAGCAGAACACAUGUUCGUCGACAAAGUUGCUUUUACUGGUUCUACUGAGGUUGGAAAGCUGAUACAACAAGCGGCAGGGCGGUCAAACCUAAAGAACGUGACCUUGGAACUCGGCGGAAAAAGCCCAAAUAUCGUUUUUGGUGAUGUAAACGUUGACGAGGCCGUUGAACUGAGUCACUUUGCCCUCUUUUUCAACCAAGGCCAGUGUUGCUGUGCUGGAAGCCGAACUUUCGUCGAAGAAUCGAUUUACGACGAAUUUGUCGCCAAAAGCGUUGAAAGAGCGAAAAAGCGAAUUCUUGGAAAUCCACUUGAUACAAGCACCACACAAGGACCCCAGGUUGACAGUGAACAAAUGAGCAAAAUAAUCGAGUUGAUUGAAAGUGGUAAAAAGGAAGGUGCUUCUCUGCAGUGCGGAGGAGGACAAGUUGGAGAUAAAGGCUAUUACAUUGCACCAACAGUAUUCUCUGACGUCAGUGACGAUAUGAGAAUCGCCAGUGAAGAGAUCUUUGGACCAGUACAACAAAUCAUGAAAUUUAAAACAGCAGAUGAAGUUAUUGAGCGGGGAAACAAAACCAUGUAUGGUUUGGCAGCAGCUGUUCAGACAAAUGACUUGAACAAGGCAUUGAAAGUUGCCCACGGGAUUCGAGCUGGCACUGUUUGGGUAAAUUGCUAUGACGUAUUGCACGCCCACUCUCCAUUCGGCGGCUACAAGAUGUCGGGAACAGGUCGUGAGCUCGGAGAAUAUGGCUUGGAACAGUACUCUGAAGUGAAAUCGGUCAUCAUCAACGUUGGCCAGAAGAAUUCUUAAUUCUUCGGACAGUACAAAUAUACAGCUAUCCAAAUUUAUGCUGAAUGAUUUUCUAUAAUUCUUGAAACAAUCUUUUAAAUUUGCAGAAUUUUCAUUGGGUAGAUUCUCAGCUCCUUUUUGUAUUGGUCAAAAAAAUGUUUAUUAUGAACGUAUAUAUAGCAGA